GGAAGAACCAACUUGUUCAUUCAUUCAUCCAUCCAGCAGAGACUCUGCACCCAUCUGUGCCUGGCUCUAUGCCAGGCCUGGAGGAUUCAGAGCCCACGGGGGCCUGGGUUUCUCCCUCCACGGCUGUGGUUCGUGGGAAGAUUAUGACCUCUGCCUUGAAGAUUAUCGCAGGCCGACUGCGUGGAGGGUCUUCCCUUGUUCAGAGACUGGUGCACAGAGACUGGAGCCCCAGCAAACAGUAUUUUACGGCUGACCAUUGUCUGUAUCCGGGAAUCCCCUGGUCCUCGCCACAGCCCGGUGCCCCAGGAAAGAGAAGUCCCAUUUCCCCCAGUUUGCAGGAAGAAACGGACGCUCAGAUUUGGGGGAGUGAAUUGCUCAAGGACAUCCGGAUGGUGACUGGGCCACCCAACACCUUUCCAGAGCCAGGAGGCUUCCCUCCCAGAUCUACCUUCAGGAAGAGAACGGCUUUAUGGCCCCGUGACCGUGCUCCGAUGCUGCAUCCACUCAAGACCAAAGCUCAGACCGUAGCCCACAGUCAGGAGGAUGACUAAUGCAGUGCUCUACAGGAAAGGAAGGAGGAGAAAUGAACAGUGUGGGGACUCCAGUGACCCUCAUUUGAAAUUGCCACUCGGAAGAUUUCAGCCCAGAUUCACAUCAUUGCUUUUUAAUUUUAAAAUAUAUUUAUUAUAGCCAGAAAGGCAGUGAGGUGAUGAUGAUACCACCUUCUGGUAUCAUCCCUUGCCUGCCUCUUCCCACCUGCAUCCAAGCACCAGGGAGGCAGAGCUUGGAUAUCCUGAAGUACCACGGCCAGAUCGCUGUGUAAUUGUCACCCACUCUGGUUUUCUUCUUUGUGCCCAGUGUAAUUCUUCCCCUUCCAAAAUGAGAGAACUGUCCUUCAUGGUAUUACUGAGAGAAUUUCCAACAUGAUUCCCUGCCCUAACCUUUAAACAAACUGCCCAACCUUUCCCCUUCUUACGUACAGAAAGAGCCUAUUAUCAUAUCCAGCUUGUCUCAAUUUUCUGGUCCCACUAUCUGGAAAGCUGUUGUGGGCCCAUCACCCAUUCAUACUCUCGCCACACCUAACCUGUGUUCUCUGAAAUUCAACUGUACCGUCCGUACUAUACAAUUGGUGCUUAGUUGUUUUCCAAGUGCCGGAUCUUGGUCUCCUUAUCUAGAAAACAAUCUCUAAGAUUCCUUUCCAGACCAACAGCAAACAAUAUGCUGGCCUACUUUGUUUCAUUCUGUUUCCUUAGGUGUUGUGUUUCCCAAGUCCACCACCCCCUCCUCCUGUGCCGGCCAUCUACACACCUCCAAGUUCUCUUCCACCUUUUUGUCAGGAUCUGGCAUCUGCUCAAUUUAGCUUCCUUCUCCAGGGGAGUUAGAAAACUCACAGAACCAUGUAGGGGAGGGAGGUUAUUACCAAUCAUGGAUCUAGUUCUCACUGUGCCCUUCACUGUGCCCCCAAAGCUCCUCAUUCAUCUCUCAUUCAUAUUCGCCCAAUAGCUUCACCAAACUUUCUCUUCUCUCAUCAGCCCAACCCACCAACCCCCUUUCUGCAAAUAAGACCACCUUCUACUUGACUCAGCACCUGUAAGUUGCCUUGAAGAUUGGUGGCAAUUUAGAAUAUCGCACAAACAUUGUGUCCCAGUUACCCAGCACUACAUAACUACCCCCCAAACUUAGUGGCUUAAAAUGAUAACAUUUAUUUUGCUUGCGAAUCUGGAAUUUGGGCAAGGCUGGGCAGAGCAUCUCAUCUCAGCUCCAUUUGGUAUCAAGUGUGAUGGUUCAAAGUUGGAGGAUUAGAAUGAUCUGAAGGCUAACACGUUCAUGUGUUUAGUGGUUGAUAUUGGCUGUCAGCUGAUGCCUUGGCUGGAGUGUUGGCCAAAGCACCUACAAAUGGCCUCUCCAUGUGGCCUGGCUUCUUCACAGCCCCGUGGAUGGGUUCCAAGGGUGAGCACCAUGGAGUCUCCAGAGCCUGUGGUCUCAAACCCAGCACAAUGCUCUCUCCUCAGCCUCAACACUACACUGGUCCUGAACUCAAUGGCAAACAUACUUGGUCUGAUAGAUAUAGGCAUUUUCCCUACAACAUCCUAAAUAGGUGUUCAUCUGGUCUGUGUUGGAUUACCGUGAGACAUAGGGAGCUCAUUACCACAUCGGGCAGCUUGUUCUUUAUAUUUUUUAUUGUUCCAGUGGCUAGGGAGUCUUUCCUUACAUGAAGUUGGAAUCCUCUCUCCUGUAAUUUCUGUCUGUUAGGCCCAUUCUCGGGGACAUAAAGCAUAAGCCUCUUCCACAUGCCAGGCCUUCCAAUAAACGGGGGGAGUGUGAGGUCCUCUCUGAGUUCUCUUUCCUGGAUGCCUGUCCCUUCAUCUUUGAUUCCUGGUGAGUUUCACCCGGUCAAGCUCUGGGUUGUCAGCAUCCCUCUUAAAACACAGAACCCAGAAAUGGACACAAUCCUCCCAUAUUCGUGCAUCACAUUACGACGGGGUAAGUCAUCCUGUACCUUCUGCUCAUUGCUUCUAUUGCCAUCUAGUGGGGUACUCAGGCACAGGAUGUACUUUAACUGUGUACGUAUCUAUGCCCGGUUUUCCCAAUUUUAUAAGGUACUCAAGAUUCUGUAUGAAACGUCUUUGUCUCUGUAACAGCAUCUAGUGUAUUGGAGGGAACUAAAUAACGAGAUUCGAGGUGCUCUUUCCAGGUAUGACAGCCGGUGUCUGUGUAAAUGACACUUCUCAGUAUCAGCUUGAUCACCUAUUAAAGGAUAAUAAUGAUACCAGCCAGGCUUGUUUUGUAGGGUAGUUUAGUAAAGGUUCAAAUGGGAAACAAUAAUGAAAGCACUAUUUAAAGAACAAAGGGCAAUGGCAAGUGCAGGAUAUUGUUGCUUUUAGUAUAAACUCAAAAGGAAACCCCCACUUUAGGGUGAAUAUGUUAAGACAAAGGGACUCAUGAACUUAACUGCUGACUCACUGACUGGCAAUAAAAACAGGGAGAAAACCACAUCUGUGACAGAUACUAGAAAUAGUUGCUGUUUCAUUCCUAGUCAUAGGAUCAAAAUUUGCAGAAGAGGGGAAGUGGGAAGCUGACAAGAGCUUCAGGUUGUUUUGCCUACUCGUGAUUCCUCUCCAAAGCUAGGUCCUUUCAUAGUUGGUGAGGUUUUAACACUUUUGGUGGGAAAGCCACACUAGAAAAGAGGAGAGGGCAAAUACUGUUGCUCUUCUCAGGUGCCAUGCAUGGUAGGAACGGGAGAAAGAAUUUCCGUGGAAAAGCAAGAAGGACAUUUGAAAGGCAGAAUUCCUCCGAAAGACUGACUGGUGACUAGUCAUUCUCAAUCACCCAGGGCAAACAUUCUGGAAUCAUUUGGUAUUCCUUCCUCUUCUCUCCCUUUACCACCCAUAGCUAGCCAUUCCCAAAUAUUUGGAGGCUUUUCUGCAGCCCCCAACCAGCAUCCCCACCCCCAGGGUCUCCCCACUCAGUGACCAUGCCAGAGGGAGCACGACUCAUCACACUGCUCCCCCAACCAUUACUCGGGAAAUGGCAGCACAAGCCCCUCCCCCUGGUACUCAGAGCUCUCCAGGGUCUUGCCUCGUGACCCCAUCCACUUUAUGCCCAGUAUUCUCCAGCAUAAAUCUGCAUCAGCCACCCUGGCAUCCCAGUCACUUUGAGUCCUUUGAGCUCAUGACACUCGUUCCCACCCUGCACACCAGCUCAUGCUCUCUACCUUCUAGCAGAAUGUCCCUUCUCUGUCUGUCCCUUUCUGCAACCAAACUCAAUGUAUUCUUGACACUGACCUAAAAUCCUACCUUUUCUGUGGGGCUUUCCUUUGACAACUUAAGCCCUCAGAGACCUCUUCUGCUUCUUCUGCUAUGUCUUUACAACAGUAUUUCGUUACAUAACACCUUGCCUCGGAUCACCCUACCAAGACUGUAAUGUCCACUGCGGCAGCUCAUGCUUCUUUAUAUUCCAUCCUCAAACAAUAUCUGAUGGAAUAUAUUAAAAUAUCUAAACAUAGGGGCACCUGGGUGGCUCAGUCGUUAAGCGUCUGCCUUCGGCUCAGGUCAUGAUCCCAGGGUCCUGGGAUCAAGCCCUGCAUCGGGCUCCCUGCUCAGCGGGGAGCCUGCUUCUCCCUCUCCCACUCCCCCUGCUUGUGUUCCCUCUCUCGCUGUGUCUCUCUCUGUCAAAUAAAUAAAAAAUAAAAUCUUAAAAUAUCUAAACAUAAGCAGGGGGGAAAAAACCCUGUGUAAAUUUCUUUUCAAUAGAAACAGGGGAUAGGAUGUGAGAAAUGGGAGCUGUAAUUUUUAAGAAAUCUCAGCUGGGCUGCUGGGAAGUUCCCAGUUGAGCCAUGACCGCUAUGACAAGCUGAUUACUGGACACAAUAUAAAACCUAAAGAGGUAAAGUGAUUAUCACAAACAAAUGCUGGGAUGGGGAGAAUCAUAAGCCCACAGAUUUUAUUUCAUUUGACCAUUCUCAAAUCUCUUGGGUAUCUGUUACUUCCUUUAAAGUGCAAACUAAGAUGUUCUUAACACGGUACACAGUGUAUAAUAGACACUGAACACGUAUCUCUUUAGUCAGUAUGUAAAAACUGAGCCCUUUGGGAAAGCAGUAGUUAAUAAAGGCCAAAGAUUCUUUAGAAAAUGUUUGCAAAUGCAUGCAACGUGAGACCAGGGAUCACCAGGGGACCUUGUGAUUAUUGCAAGGGGUCUGUGAUUCUCUGUGCUCAUCAGACAUUGUCCAAAGAAGGAAAGGAUAACAUGUCUUGUAUAGUACAUGCCUUCUGUAGUUCAGUGUUGUCAGAAUUAAUGGAUACUGAAAGAACAGUUGAAAGGGCUUCUUGGCCAGUACUGUCAUGGACUUCAGAGCUAAGGCUGCAUGAAAUGUUUAGUGUCUGUACUCAUCUGUUUAGGGCAGUAUGGGUAAAAAAUACAAACACCGGGGACACUCUCUGUGCCCGCUCCCAGGCGAAGUGCUUUACCUGUAUCACUUCAUCCUACCAAUGUCCACUCACCCUGGGAGAAGAGGACAGGAUCACUAUCUCCACUUUAUGGAUGAGCAAAUGGAGGCUGAGAGAGGCCAAGCAAGUUCUCCAGGGUUAUGUAAUAAAAACAAAGGAGACAGAACCUGGAUUUGAUCCCAGGUCUGUCUUAUUCGGAGGCCUGCGCUUUUAACCAUUACACACUGGAUGGAGUGAGAGGUCAUCCAAGACAACCAACACCCCCAAGAAUUCAUGGCAAUAUUCAGGGAGACCAGUGAGGUCCCACGGAAUGUGGGGUUGGGACACCAGUUUUCCCAAUCUGCACGCUACAAGUGAAGGGCUGUCCGGGAGUGUUGAAGGACUUGGAGACCCAACAGCUGUCUCUUACCCAUCUACCCUACCCGCACUGUAAACCAGAUGCAUUGGGCUGCGGAGAAAGGACUGAGGAUGAAGCUCAUUUGGGAAUCUUCCUGUAAUUCUGGGAUUUUGCGCCAAGACAAGUGCAUUUUCUGGUGACAACACAUGUGGUCACUCUGGUUCAGAAAAAUACCCAACACUUGUGCUUUUUCACCAAAGCUUCCAAUGACCUAGGGAAACAUCCUCUUCAGCCCCAUUUGCCUCCUUUCUCAGAGGUCAGUGAGACGGGGGUGAUGAAGCACAGCUUUUCGGUUUACGCAAGAUCGAUUUCACUGAGUAAUAUUUGCUUGCCUUCUAGCUCCCCCUGCACAGACAGCUUCCACUAGAUAACUGAACUCUCACCAGGAGAAUACUAGACCAGAAAGCCCAUCAGACCCUUUCCUCUUGUUCUUUUUGGCUCGCUCCUUUUCUCAGAGUGUCUCCCAACUCUGUGGUCAGCAGCAGCCGGCACACUCAUGCCCCUAAUGCUGACCAAACCUGCCUGGCCCUGGAAGCGAAUAGGCUGAGAUAAUCAUGGGGCGGGCCUCUUCGGCACAGAUGAACCACACUCACGAAUCAAACAGACUUCUGGCGGCACUAGCCAAUGUUUGGGGACUUCUAGCACUCAUAUCUGUUCUCAACACCAGGACCCGAGAAGCCAAGCAUUUCCCCCACUCCCGCUUGUCCCUUUAACCAGAGCCAAAGAAGUAACUCAAGUGGCCACUGAGAAUAAAAUGCCCCAGUGGCUUCCAAGGUCACUUGGCUAGUAUUUAUUUCUCUUCUCCUGAAAACUUUUCUAGAAAGUUAGUAUGCUUUAAUCCGGUAGUGCCAGUCUGCGGCAUGGUUGCUGGGGGUCACGUGGGCAGCAGCAAUGGGACCCAAGAAUGUGAGUCAUGUAUGGCUGUUGACCUUGUACGUUGCUGCCGGUCUUCUUAGAAGUAGGUAAGCAGUGUAUUUUAAAUGAAAAAUAUCCUUCAGUAGAAAAUUUGUCAUUCAAUGUAAAUGCUCACCAGACAGAAGUCAGCAUUAAAAGAGUAUAUCUGGGGCAACAUUUGUAUUUUAAAUAAACUGAUUUGUUUUGGGUUUAAAUAAACUGAUUUGUUUACACACACACACACACACACAUUACAAAUACUCUCUUUUAGUCCACAUAAUAACUUGAGGGGGAGGAAAACUCUGCUGUUUUCAUCCAAAGAAACCUUGGGAUAAGUAAUUUGCUGGAGGACAUACAGCUAGUGAAAAGAUCUUUUGGAAACUAAAAUUAACAUUUGGGUCCAAAGAUUCUGCUUUUUCACUUAAACUAAACUGCCCUCAACUGUGCAGGAGCCAAAUAAGUAGUUUGUCCAGAUUUGUGCUUUAUGAGUCUGUCUUUCAAAAAGCAAAAUUGGAGGAAACUAAGAUCCUCAAUUCUACAAGUAGCCCUCAUUGGAAUUUGGCAUUCAUCCAGCCAUUCCUUCCACUCUUCAUUUAUUCCUCCAUAUAUAGGUACAUUAAAAAAUUCUCAGUGCCAUGCAUGAUGCCCAAUAGUAGCAGGGAUGCAAAAAAAAUCAGACCCAAGUCCUCUGAGAGCUCACAGACUGGUAGGAAAAGUAUGGAUGAAGGGUGGUACUGUUAUUUAAUAUUGUAGGCUUGUUAUUAAAAAAAUGCCUUAAGCAUUUAUGCCUAGGGAAAGUGUACAUGAAGAUGUGAUUUUGUAAUUUUGCCUUAUUAACUAGAUGAUGGUUAUUUUGACAUUUAAGUCUCCCCAAAUUCUUGAAUCAUCUGACAUAAUACUAUUAAAUCUGAGGUAUAUUAAUAUAUGCACAUGACAGAUUGGCCUCAUGAGAAACUUGAUUAAAAUUACAUGAUAUCAGGGCGCCUGGGUGGCUCAGCCAGUUAAGUGUCUGCCUUCGGCUCAGGUCAUGAUCCCAGGGUGCUGGGAUCGAGUCCCGUGUCGGGCUCCCUGCUCCGCGGGGAGUCUGCUUCUCCCUCUCCCUCUCCUUCUGUGUGUGCUCUCUCUCUCUAGCUCUCACUCUCUCUCAAAUAAAUAAAUAAAAUCUUUAAAAAAAAAUUACAUGAGAUCAAGAUUUCUCUUCUGAUACUGCCUGAAAUAAAAAUGGUUUUCACAUGGGGCAACUGGGUGGCUCAGUCUGUUAAGCGUUUGCCUUUGGCUCAGGUGGUGAUCCCAGGGUCCUGGGAUUGAGCUCUCUGUUGGGCUCCCUGUUCGGCGGGAAGUCUGUCUCUCCCUCUGCCCCUCUCCCUGUUCCUGCUCUCUCUCUCUCAAAUAAAUAAAUAAAAUCUUUUAAAAAAAUGGUUUUCACACUAUUGCCUCAAUCAGUUUUGCCAGGUGUUAGGACAGGAAAAGAAAAGGACAACAAUCUCGCAUGCAGGAAUUAGAUUUCCCAUAGCCAGGCCUCUUAUAAACAGAUGAUAUUGAACAGAAGGCUAAGACCCUCAUGGUCUCUCCAUUUUCCCUAUUCUGGUGAGCAUAUUU